AGUACUUAUGUUGACAGAAUCUGUCGACAUGUACGCUAACGUUUUUGGGUCAGCUAACAGAGGGUGACGAGUACAGGCCCACCUGAGGGCCUGUGGUGUACCUCUCUUACUCGGAAGGACACACUUCAAAGGGCAUUCACUAUGCCUCAGGCUACUGAAGUGGUCUGACAGGCUAACUGCUCUGGGACUUUUGCACUUUCACACCACUGAACAGAUUCAGAGCUGCCUGUGUAUCGACCAUUCACAAUGGACGACUUUGAAUACAGUGUGCACAUCUCCGACCAAGACUGGGACUGUUUUUUUCAGGAGUGUGAGGACUGUAACCUGCUCUCUCCUGGGCUCGCAAGCCGAGAGGACUCGGGUAUGAGUGACAUUGAUGAGAUGGGCUGCCUCUUUCGAAGCAGGAACCCGGCCAUGGGCACAGCAUCCACAGACCCUGAUCCAGACCUUCAGAUUGAUGGCCCGCCAGACUGUGAGGGUUCACCAGUCGGUAAUUACCUCAGCAAGUACGGAAUACGUAGUCCAGAGCAGGUUCUCUCUGGCAGUGAGGAAGACUUGCACCUUCAGACUGUCAAUCUAUUUUUUGAGCAGUUAAAAAGUGUCACAGAAAACCAGCAGCCUUUGGAACAAAGCCAUGUUGUCAUUCGUGGAAACGAGAAGAUGGGCCAUCUGGAGGGUUUGAUUGAUAAGCAGGAUAUUCUGUCUGUGGACACAGGUCCAUCUGGCCGAAAUAAGCCCAGUCUUAGAGGAGAAAUCACUAAAAAGGGUGUGGCUAAUACCUGGAGCGAUAAAGCCUCAGUAAAAGCUUUAGGGAUCACAUCCGCUAAUGCGCAAGAACAUGCAUCAAAGUCUGACACAGAGCUAGUCAUUGGAAGGAAGCCAUUGACUACACCCCUAAUUACAGUGAGAAUGAAGCAAGAGCAACAAGGAAGAUAUAACGGUCUCAGCAAAAAUCUAGAGCUAACACCUGAAACAAAGCCACCUGACAAAGAGAAAAUGGUAGUGGUUAUUAAAAAAGACAUGACUGAUACAUAUCCAGCAAGACAAAACAUUGCUCAGCUGGAUGCCAUAAGUAGUUCUGACUCGAGAGAUUCACCAUUUGGUCAGAUACCAGUGUCACCUUCCAGAAGAAAGAGGAGGAAGAAGAAGAGAAUGAGUGUUGAACCAUUAGAGCAAGGACAUGAGGCUCAGAUCCACAUUCGUCAAAGUGAAUCAGAGGAAGAGAGAUUUAUUCAGCGGAAAGAGAUAAGCAACUUCCCUGCAAAUGUCUGGAAGACAGAGCACCUGUCACUUCAAAGAAUCAAAACACCUUCUAUCGUGCAUAAUACAGAUCAUUUACAGCUUAGAAAUACAUUUGACUUGGAGGCUGAUUUUAAGUUUUCAAAAAGCUUGCCAGUAUCUUUUAUCAGUGAUUUAGGCGCCACACUUCCCAAGCCAGAAGUUGGACACAUAAGCUUUAAUACUAUUUCCAAAAGCAUGCAUGAUACGUCCCUUGUAAACAAUGGACAAUUGAAAGCAAAGAUUUGUGAGCUCUCAUUAUUACCCCAGACCGAUAAAGUUCUGAAUAUAAAAGAAAAUGAAAUAGAUAUAACCGAAUCCCUUCAAUGUGAUCCUGCUGUACACUUACGAGAGAGCAGGACCGAUAUUAAAGAGACCUUAUCAGCACCUCUAAGUGAUAAUUCUGAUGCAGGAUGUCAGAGGAAAUCCUUAUUAUCUCCUAGCGUUUCCAGUGCUGUUGAUUUAACGGAGCCUCCUUCCUUUACAGUCUCUUUUAAAUUGACUGAGGACAAAGAUUUAUCCUGUUUAGGAAAUGAGACUGACUGUUCUCCAAUAAAAAAUGAACGGACAGUUCCAAGCAGUUGUAAUAUAGUAGAGAUUUCAGCCACCAAAGAAAGCAGCUUGUCUUUAACUGACAAUAUUGAUAGAGCAGAAUCUUGUUCAGAUGGAAACAGUGCAGAAAUCUUUAUUUGUUCAUUGGAGGAUUCUCAAAAACAGGAGGCAUGUGUUCACGAGAACAUUUCAGAAUCUCAAAUCACCAAAGAAAGCAGCUUGUAUUUAACUGACAACACUGAUAGAGCAGAAUCUUGUUCAGAUGGAAACAGUCAAGAGCCCUUUACUUGUUCACAGGAGGUUUCUCAGAAACCGAAAGCAUGUAUUCAUGAGAAAAUUUCAGAAUCUCAAAUCACCAAAGAAUGCAGCUUGUCUUUACUUGACAAAAUUGAUAGAGCAGAAUCUUGUUCAGAUGGAAACAGUCCAAAAACCUCUACUUGUUCAUUGGAGGUUUCUCAAAAACAGAAAGUGUGGAUUCAUGAUAACAUUUCAGAAUCUCAAAUCACCAAGGAAAGCAGCUUAAAUUUAACUGACAACAUUGAUAGAGCAGAAUCUUGUUCGGAUGGAAACGGUCCAGAACCCUUUACUUGUUCACAGGAGGUUUCUCAAAAACCGAAAGCAUGUAUUCAUGAGAAAAUUUCUGAAUCUCAAAUCACCAAAGAAAGCAGCUUGUUUUUACUUGACAAAAUUGAUAGAGCAGAAUCUUGUUGGAAUGGAAAAGAUCCAGAAACCUUAACUUGUUCACGGGAAGCUUCUCGAAAACCGAAAGCAUGUAUUCCUGAGAACAUUUCAGAAUCUCAAAGCCAUUUGACCUCUCAAGUCAUUGAAAUAAACACGAAUAUACCUGUAAAUGAGACAGAUGCAAUGACUGAGAGUCAUAUGUCUGAUAAUAUUGAUCAUGGAACAGAUGAAGAUCAUAUCCAAAGCAGAAAUGAGACUAGUGAGGUGUUAAUUGUGAAUGCCACACCCUUAAAGACAGGGAAUUCGGAUGAAUCAGACGAUAUGAGAGACAUUAGUGAUAACGAAGUUGUUGUUUCAGCUAGUGAACAGCUAUUCUGUGGCAAGCCCUUCAGAUCUAGUGAAGACACAUAUGGCCCUACAGAAGAAAUGCUCAGUGAAGGUCCUACUCAAGAUGUUUCAGAGUUGCCUCAAAAUAUGGUUGAUGAAAUUGAGGACUCUUCUUCCGCUGAGUGUAAAAGUGAAGGCAACGAUCUAGAGAGUGUUUCUCUUGAUGCUUCAAAUCAACUUCCAUGUCCUGUGUUUGCUAUCUCCUCCUUUUGGAAUGAAAUGGAGAAGCUAACCAUCAAUGACAUACUUCGUCUACGGUUGAUCAGUAAUGCCCAGCACCCCAGCAUUUUGACCCAGCCUGAGGAUGGUAGCAUAGUAGACACUACAGAUGCAGCAGACUCGGGCUACUUUACACAACCUGACGACUCCAAGCCGGACCGCUUAAGUGGAGACAUGUCUUACAUAUCUGAUCUGGAUGAAGACCUCGCACAGCUUCAAACCCCAUUUCCUUCCAAACAAGAGGACGAGUUGAGUGAGUGGGCGAGUCGAGUUCCUAGCUCUUGUGAUGUGAUGUGGGAGAAUGAUUCAGAUCCAGUUGUUGUAGGUGAUGAAGUGGUGCAUAUAAGUUCUGAAACCGCUCUUCCUGAACAUCUCUACACGGCUAAUGCUCAGCAGUGCUUCAGGAGAAUGUGCAAGAAUAUGUCUGUGCAGAACCUGCAAGCUCUAGAUACUCAACCAAUCAGACAAAUCUUGAGAAAUGCUUCAAUGCAUUCAAUCCAUUCAGAGGUAGAUGAUGACUUAAUGGAUCCUUUCUACCAUCUGAACACUUCAGGCUCAAAGAUCUUUUCUGAUGAUGAAGAAGAGAUGGAGAGCAGUGGUGUAACAGUUUCUGAAAUAAUCCAGUUUUUCUUUGGGGAGGAUGAACCUGAAAGAUGUCCAUCUCGUGGAGAUAACAUAGCUGCCUCAUACCUUGAUGGAACGGGCACCUCUUUGCCUGAAACGUAUGACCAUUUCUUCUCCGAGUUUGAUGCAAUUGUGGAAGAGUCAGGUGGUGAUAAAAUGGUACCCAUAUUUUCCUGCUCCCGCUCGACUAACAGAAACCUUCAGUUCCCAGAGGCAUAUGACUAUUUCUUCCCUGACUCCCCUGGGAGUUCAGAUGAAGAUGAUGAGAAUGACAACGCAGCAGUCAAGGUAGUGACACGGUAUGAUUAUAAGUCUCCCAACCAUGAUGCUGUUGACAUGUACGAGCACUUCUUUUCUGAAGAUGAGAGCGACUUCCUCUGGACGAGCCCGGUUUCGCUUAGAAAAGUUAGACGUACGGGUUUUACAGUACCUGAAGAGAAGACAUGUUCUGGGGAACUUGUCCCUGUGAAGACAUUUCCCAAAGGAAUCAUUCAACCUAAAAAUGCUAUGAGCCCUGAUGGGAGCCCCUUCCCAGAUUCCUUGCUCUUCAAUAUGGAGAACCGCAUCUUCCAGCAGCUGGCUGAACAACAGAAGAAGUGUAUGGAGAUGCAAACAGCUGUCGCUGAUCCAAGGUUGGAUGCUCCGUUCUUGCCUCUGAAACAGGCAGACAUGUGCUUGGUUUGUAUUGCUUUUGCCUCAUGGGUGCUAAAAUCAACUGGAUCAGGAGGAGACACCUGGAAAGCUGCUCUUCUUGCGAACGUCAGUGCACUCUCUGCCAUACGGUACCUGCGCAGACACAAGAGGGAGGAGGUCUCUGGAAAAAUUCCUUUGCGUCAGAUAGAGCCAGCAUAACUCCGUAGCAUAGCCUCCAGAUCUGAUUUCAGUCACAUCUCCCUUUUUCCAUGUAGUCCAAACGGGUGAUGGCGUAUGUCAAACGUGCAUGCACAACUUUUUCCAUCAUUCAUACUAUAUAUUAUUAUGAUUAACACUCUGAUGCGUGUUUAUUGCUGAUGAACUCAGUUAAUAUACAAUAGAUAGCAAAAACUGUGACUUCAGGCCAGUGGCAUUUCAAUAAUCUGCAUAUCCAGAUUUAAAAAAAACAAUGUAGUUUGUUUAUGAAAUGACCAAAAACCUUUAUCUGAUUGGUUUGCAGUGAAUGCUGUUGUGCGUUGUGAUGAGAGCAGCAGUAUGUUGAUUAAUAUUUGAUAGUGAGAUGCUUUUGGAGGUGUUAUGAUGAAGAUGGACAUGUGUCUGAAUAAGUGUACUUGUGGAGAGAUUGUAAUGGAAGAGCUAAUGUCUAUGUGCAAUAGACAGUUUAUUAUUCUACUGGGAUACAGGAUUUUUUGCUGGGCCAAAUUAUUUUGGUGUAUUUAUAGACCAUCUAAAUAUUAAAUCAUAUACC